AUGAAUAACGAACAGUUUAGGCGGCUAUUAUUUGAUAACCCGCCACCGUCCUCGGCGAAUAAAUUAUCGCCGCGGCGUGACAAGGAUGGAGAUACCAGCGGAAGUACGCCCAAGGCCGCAGUGCUUGGGUCGAGGAUGCGUUCGAGCAUUCCCAUGACGCCCCGCGCCGUUACCAGCGCGAACUUUGCCCGCCAACUCGCCGAAUUCCGACGGGAAAGCCAGCCGCCACCAGCGAAGAAAUUCAAGUCCUCUGCGCCAAAAGGCACGCGAUACUCCGGUGGCUACGUAGAUCGCACUCUGCUGCGGCGACAGGCCGAGGAAGGAGAUGAGGAUGCAGCAGAUCGUGAUUCCCGCGCGAAGAGAGUGAAGGCGCUGGAGGAUAUGGUGAAGCUAGGGCAGAUUGAUCAAGCUACGUUUGAGAAGUUGAGAGGGGAAAUAGGGCUUGGCGGUGAUUCUAGUAGUACACAUCGGGUCAAAGGCCUAGACUGGAAAUUGUUGCAAAGAGUGAAGGCGGGUGAGGAUGUUGAUGUGCUUGCCGCGGCUGCCCCAGACGAGACUCGCGAGGACGAUGGAGCCGGAGCGGACGAUGAGUUUGAACGAGUCCUCGAAGAGAAGGAAAAGGAUGUUGUGCAGGCUGCAAAGAAAGAAGAGAAGGUGAAGAAAGGCACUAUGGCCCCGCCGCCACGGAAAAUGACGAGGGAUGAAAUUCUGAAGCAGUUGAAAGCUAGUCGGGCUGCCGGCACACCAAUUUCGUUAGCACAAGAACCUCCAGCGUUAUCACUUGGAGCGAAGUUUAAGAAGAUUGGAACAAGUGAUCAGAAAAAGCGGUGGAUCGAAACCGACGAGAAUGGCCGGCGGAAGGAAAUUUUGCUCGUUACCGACUCAGAGGGAAAAGCCAAAAGAAAAGUGCGGUGGUUGGAUAAACCUGAUGGGAAUAAGGGUGACUUGUUGGUAGUGGAUAAGGACGCAAAGCCGCUGGGCAUGGAUGUCCCAGCAGAAGUUCUUGCACGCGCCAACGCUGUUGAAGAGAACGAUGACGACGGCGAUAUUUUUGAGGGGAUUGGAGCGGAUUAUAACCCUCUUGCGGAUAUCGGCGAUGACGACUCAUCCUCGGCAAGCGAGGGGGAGACAGAAGCAGAGCAGCCUUUGAAGGAUAAAGCCCCGCGAGAGACAGAACAGCAGAACGAAGGCCCAACUAAACCGUCUGCUUCUCGAAAUUACUUUGCUACUGGUACUACGACUGAAAUACCUGAAACAACAUCCACCAGUCCACUAUCCUCAGACCCUACGAUUCUCGCUGCCCUCAAACGUGCAGCGGCGAUUCGGCGCAACUCCCCUGCCCCCGAAGGUACUGAGGAAGAGGAAGAAGCAGACGAGCAGGUUAUAUUACGACGAAAGAAGUUUUUGGAGGAAGCGAGACGGCGCGAGAGGGAAGAUGCUAUGGAUCUCGACAUGGGAUUCGGGGAGAGCAGAUUCGGGGAUGAGGAAGACGAAGAGGUCUGGGAGGAGCGUGACGGGGGAAAUAAAAGAAAGCGAGGACCGAAAAAGAGGAAAGGGAACAAGGAUAGCGCGAGCGAUGUGAUGAAGGUGUUGGAAGGGAGGAAGAAAAGCGCUGGGGGAACGUGA